CGUCAUUCUGGGCUCUGCGCCGGUCCUUACGCCAGGGAAAAGCUGACUAUAGAGUAUUUUCAGACAUUCUCUCUGCCAGUGCUAGUUUGAUGACUGGUGGGAGCAUUGCGGUAUCCACAGUUCCUACAAAUAAUAUUAGAACUGUGCCAAAACCAGCAAAUACUGCCCUGUCUGUGCAGGCAUCUACAUCACCAGUUACCGUAGGCUCUGCUGUUGUUUCAGAAGAGUUGAAAAUGCAACCUGAAGGUGAAAAUACAUUAAAGGAGGACAACAGUGAUGGGGAAGUCACGGAGGCUAAGCCUGAAGCUGAGCAAGAAACAGAGACGAGUCGCUCACUUAAGGAACUUUUAUCACAGGUAGCAGAACUUGAUGAAAUUUAUUCUGACACGCGUGCUCGGUUGCUUAUGCCAUCUGGUGGUGACUCUGGACACCCUCCUGAGACAGUUACAGAUGAACCCAUGGAAGUGACAGAAGCAGAACUUGCAGCAGUAGUUGCUGCGACAGAAAACCUUCCUGAAGAUGAUACACAGACCUAUUCGUCCCUGCAAAUGGCUAUGAAGAAUCCCGUUGUAGACCUGCUAGAAGCAGAUCGUGAUCGAUACGAAGACGUAGCUGCACCUGUUGUUCCUCCACUCAUUUCUAUUGCCCCUGUCCCUCCUCCACAUGGAAAACGUGAUGUACCACCACCAGUAACACCAGACGCAGGUUCUGAACGUCUGCCACCCCUGCCACCAAAACGUAGUAGGAAAUCUCCACCGGGGCGCCCUGAUCACCCACCACCACCACAGCUGCAGCAGCAGGUGCAUGCAUCUGUCCCACAAAUACCUAGUUCUGCCUCUCCCCCUGCGUCACCUCCUCCAACAGACCAACCCCUACCAGCUGAACCUCGCUCAGCCAAGCCAACACUUUUCCAGAAGCUUUUCUCAAAAAAGAAAAACCGUAAAGAUAGUACUGGUGGUAGGUCACGUGAAGGGUCUGCUCAACGGCAAUCAUCUCCUUCCCCUUCGCGACCUGAAGAGGAUGUCAUAUUCAUUCCCCUAACUGGGCAGCCUGAACUCACAGAAGCUGAGCAUUAUGCUCUGUACACUGACGUAGCGCCCCAUGCCACUGCAUCAGAAUUCGAUGAAAUGUCUUUCUAUUACAGCCCUGUGGAAGGUGGCCGUAUUCUUACACAACAGCAGAGCCAGCCUCCAGAAGCUCGACCACGUGAUAUUUUUGCUUAAUUGUGUUUCUGUUGUGGAUGUGGACAGCUCAUUUUUUUUGUUAAUAAGCUCCUUGCCAUUACAUUAGUUGAAAAUGUGGCAUAUUGUGUUCCCAAUAUAACUAUUUUGUUGCACCGUUUCUGUAUUUUUUUAGUUCCUAACUUCCCAGAUUGUCAAGUUUUAUUUUUCUGCUAGUCUUUCAUUCCAGCAGAUGGUCAUAGUGUUAAACAUUUGCUUUAUUUUUAUGAGUAGUGUUCCAAAUAUCUUGAAUAAUGACUUCCGAGAUGGAAAACAACAGAAGUCACAACUUACCUUGAAUAUACAUUUGGUGUAUUAUGCUGUACAGAAACUGGCACAGAACAAUAUACUGUGGUAUAUUAAAUGAAACUUUUUGACAAUUUUUGUGUUUAGCAUCCAGGUGAAUUCCUGGAACUAGAUGUUGAUCAGUGAAAUAGAAACAGCACGGAGCCCUGAUUUCUUUUUCAGUUGUUUGCUUUAACUUUACUCUCAAGGCAAUAACUUUAAAUUUCUUGUGGGUAUGUGUCAUGGACCUUUCCAAUUUACAUUAUAUUAAACAUCAUGAUGCUUCCCUGCUAGAGGCGCCAUAUGUUAUUGAAGCAUUUUAAGAUAUUUGCUAUUGUUGACAUAUGUUUUUACUUUGAUUCUAAGCCUACUACCGAAUUCCAGAAAUUGGAGAUUUUAUUGUUUCUGGCAGGUGGAAAUAUGUUUCAUAAGUACCUAAAUUUGUACAUGAAUCAAUAUUGAUGGACACACCUCCACAUCCAGUCUUCAGGAUUUUAUUACCUUGCUAAAUUAAUUUCUAUCAACAGAGCAUUAUUUAAAGUUAGCUGCUGCAUAACUCAUUUAUCAGUGCCAUUAAGCAGAAAUUGAUGGAAAAAGCAGUGGUGAGGGAAUUUCUCUUGUUUCCAUAAGAACUGUGUUACAGUGAGACAUAAAGCUUUGCAUACAGAGGUUUGAAAGAUGGUAUAUGUAUAUUGAAGCCUAUUUAGUCACAUGAAUUUUUGUUUACUUUUCCACAGAGAGUCUGUUAGGUUUUAGGUAUAAAAAUCCGUUCACACGCACAUGUUUAUCAGUGCUAUUUUGCUAUUUGGGAAUUUGUCUUCCAUGAAAUAGUGCAAAUGAAAAGUGAAGGGCUUCAUAAUAUGUUUGUCAUCUUGUAAGGCCUUUCUCAAAGGACUCCUUACAUGAUAUUUAAGAGAAGAAAAUGAAAAUAUUGUUUAAGAGAAAGUACUCUUUUCAUUUCUGGCAGUGAU